AUGGCAUUUAGAAAAUCAAAUGUGUAUUUAAGUUUAGUGAAUAGUUAUAUUAUUGAUUCACCACAACCAUCAUCAAUUAAUUAUUGAUGAAAUAUGGGUUCAUUAUUAGGUUUAUGUUUAGUUAUUCAAAUUGUAACAGGUAUUUUUAUGGCUAUGCAUUAUUCAUCUAAUAUUGAAUUAGCUUUUUCAUCUGUUGAACAUAUUAUAAGAGAUGUGCAUAAUGGUUAUAUUUUAAGAUAUUUACAUGCAAAUGGUGCAUCAUUCUUUUUUAUGGUAAUGUUUAUGCAUAUGGCUAAAGGUUUAUAUUAUGGUUCAUAUAGAUCACCAAGAGUACUAUUAUGAAAUGUAGGUGUUAUUAUUUUCAUUUUAACUAUUGCUACAGCUUUUUUAGGUUAUUGUUGUGUUUAUGGACAGAUGUCACAUUGAGGUGCACUAGUUAUUACUAAUUUAUUCUCAGCAAUUCCAUUUGUAGGUAACGAUAUUGUAUCUUGAUUAUGAGGUGGGUUCUCAGUAUCUAACCCUCUAAUCCAGAGAUUCUUUGCGUUACAUUAUUUAGUACCUUUUAUCAUUGCUGCAAUGGUUAUUAUGCAUUUAAUGGCAUUACAUAUUCAUGGUUCAUCUAAUCCAUUAGGUAUUACAGGUAAUUUAGAUAGAAUUCCAAUGCAUUCAUACUUUAUUUUUAAAGAUUUAGUAACUGUUUUCUUAUUUAUGUUAAUUUUAGCAUUAUUUGUAUUCUAUUCACCUAAUACUUUAGGUCAAAAUAUGGCCUUAUUAUUAAUUACAUAUGUAAUUAAUAUUUUAUGUGCUGUAUGCUGGAAAUCUUUAUUUAUUAAAUAUCAAUGAAAAAUUUAUAAUAAAACUCUAUAUUAUUUUAUUAUUCAAAAUAUUUUAAAUACAAAACAAUUAAAUAAUUUCGUAUUAAAAUUUAAUUGAACAAAGCAAUAUAAUAAAAUAAAUAUUGUAAGUGAUUUAUUUAAUCCCAAUAGAGUAAAAUAUUAUUAUAAAGAAGAUAAUCAGCAGGUAACCAAUAUAAAUUCUUCUAAUACUCACUUAACGAGUAAUAAAAAGAAUUUAUUAGUAGAUACUUCAGAGACUACACGCACACUAAAAAAUAAAUUUAAUUAUUUAUUAAAUAUUUUUAAUAUAAAAAAAAUAAAUCAAAUUAUUCUUAAAAGACAUUAUAGUAUUUAUAAAGAUAGUAAUAUUAGAUUUAACCAAUGAUUGGCCGGUUUAAUUGACGGAGAUGGUUAUUUUUGUAUUACUAAAAAUAAAUAUGCAUCUUGUGAAAUUCUUGUAGAAUUAAAAGAUGAAAAAAUGUUAAGACAAAUCCAAGAUAAAUUUGGUGGUUCUGUAAAAUUAAGAUCAGGUGUUAAGGCUAUUAGAUAUAGAUUACAAAAUAAAGAAGGUAUAAUUAAAUUAAUUAAUGCCGUUAAUGGUAAUAUUCGUAAUAGUAAAAGAUUAGUACAAUUUAAUAAAGUAUGUAUUUUAUUAAAUAUCGAUUUUAAAGAACCUAUUAAAUUAACUAAAGAUAAUGCUUGAUUUAUAGGGUUCUUUGAUGCUGAUGGUACUAUUAAUUAUUAUUAUUCCGGUAAAUUAAAAAUUAGACCUCAAUUAACUAUUAGCGUUACAAAUAAAUAUUUACAUGAUGUUGAAUACUAUAGAGAAGUAUUUGGUGGUAAUAUUUAUUUUGAUAAAGCUAAAAAUGGUUAUUUUAAAUGAUCUAUUAAUAAUAAAGAAUUACAUAAUAUUUUUUAUCUUUAUAAUAAAAGUUGUCCUUCUAAAUCUAAUAAAGGUAAACGUUUAUUUUUAAUUGAUAAAUUUUAUUAUUUAUAUGAUUUAUUAGCUUUUAAAGCACCUCAUAAUACUGCUUUAUAUAAAGCUUGAUUAAAAUUUAAUGAAAAAUGAAAUAAUAAUUAA